CCCACCUCUCACACUCAACUCGUCGGCAGUACCGACUUGUCGAUUGCUCACAUUCCACCCACCCACCAUUGGCCACUAGCCCUUCCUUGGCCCCAAGUCGGAAUCCCAACACCACAACCACUCUUACAGUUGGACACUCUUCCUCAUCCAUCCCUACUCUAGUAAACCCCGUCACAACCAAGCCAUCACAGCAAUGUACGGCGACCCAGUCAUCACCGUCGACCCCCCCGGAGGCGGCCACCCCGCCCCGACAGCCACCUACCCCGUACCCACGACGGUCCCCACUCACUUUGUGUUCGACCACGCGACGCAGAAGUCGGUGAUCGCCCUCUGGGUCUUCUUUGGCGUGUUUGCUGGCGGCCUCGUCGGCGUCGCCGUGCUCGCUAGCCGCGUCGAGCGCCGCUUCAGGAUCUUCCACACCCUCUCGUCCCUCGCCCUCGCCGCCGUCACUAUCGCCUACUUUGCCCUCGCGACUGGCCUCGGCUCGACCCAUGGCCGUUACCACGGCAACUCGUUCUCCACCUCGGCCUUUGGCAAGGGCGGCGGCCACCACGGCGGUGAACCGCACCGCCCGGGCGGCCCUCCUGCCGUCGACUAUAUCAUUCGCCAGGUCUUCUGGGGUUCCCAGACGGUGCGCCUCUUCUCGACUCCGCUCCUUGUCAUUGAGCUCGCGCUGCUCUCGGGCCUCGCGCCGCUCGCUGCGCUGGCAGCGAUCACGUACGACGUGCUGGUCGAGUCGUCGGCCCUCAUCACGGCUACGUUCCCCGGCCACUGGAGGGGCCGCGUCCGUGGUCCUUGGGCUGGCUGGUUCGCCUUCACCAGUGUCUGGACUGUGGCGCUCUUCGUGACGCUUUUCAUUCCCGGUGUCAACGCCACGCGCCACAGACCGGCGGCUGUCAAGGGCCAGUACUACCUUCUCACGGUCCUUCUCUUUGUCGCGACGAUCGCUGCGGGCAUCGUGUUUACCCUUGGCAACGGCCUCAACGUCAUCUCGGUUGACGCCGAGGUCAUUUCGACCGGAGUGAUUGACGUCAUCACUUACCUCGGAUUCACCUACUUCCUCCUCUUAGUCCAUGUUCAUGGCGAGGACGACACGUGGGAGUUCCCCGCCUGGUUCGUGGAGCACCGCGUCGGUAUCCGUCUUGACGGCGCCGAGCCUGAGGCGACCUAAUUGCCUCGCGGUGAGCCUGAGGCGGACGCCGACAGCCACAACUGGCCUCCCCUGCCACUAUGUCCCAUCAGUGAUGCCUCUCCACUCGCCUCGCUCUCCACGCCCACACCCCCCACCCUCCCCAGAACCCCUGACGAACAAUGCGUCCAAAACACGUUCCCAGAAACAGAAGUACCAUGUGACGAUGCGAAUUGUGAGAAGUUACAAA